GGCCAGCAACGGAAAAAGAACAAAAGCAAACACAAGAAGGCAGAAGGCCAAACUCAAACUGGACAGCGCGGCAACAACAGCUGUCGUCAUGAUGGACGGAACCAUGAACUCCCAGCAGACAGAACCAGAUCCUGAUGCCAUCAAAAUGUUUGUUGGUCAGAUCCCAAGAACUUGGGAUGAAAAUGACCUUAAAAAUUUAUUUGAAGAGUACGGCCAAAUUCACUCCAUGAACAUUCUCAGAGACAAAAUUACAGGACAAAGUAAAGGGUGCUGCUUUGUAACGUUCUUCACUCGUAAGGCAGCUCUUGAUGCACAGAAUGCAUUACAUAAUGUGAAAACAUUGCAGACGAUGCAUCAUCCCAUACAAAUGAAACCAGCAGACAGUGAGAAAAAGAGUGGAGCUUAUGCUGAAGAUCGGAAAUUAUUUAUUGGUAUGCUGUCCAAAAAAUAUAAUGAGAAUGAUGUGAGAAUGAUGUUUGCUCCCUUUGGAACCAUUGAAGAAUGUACAGUUUUGAGGGAUCAUACUGGAACUACAAGUAAAGGAUGUGCAUUUGUUACUUUUGGAACAAGAGCAUGUGCUCAAAAUGCUAUCAAAAGCAUGCAUCAUUCCCAAACCAUGGAGGGUUGUUCAUCUCCAUUGGUGGUAAAGUUUGCUGAUACUCAGCGUGAAAAAGAACAGCGCAAAGCUCAACAAAUGAACCAGACAAUGUGGAACUCUGGCUUUGGGGCGCUAGGGCCUCAGUACCUUGCGUCCUUGGGCCAGGGUCUUGCGAAUGGCAAGCAGCAAGACCCACAGUCUUGCGGAGCAGCGAAUCCAUACCAGCAGUUGUUACAGCAGGUGGCAGCCGGAAACAUGGGCAAUUUUAACAACCAAGCUGGCGGAAUGGGACUCAACAUGCAGCAGUUAAUUGCCGCUGCAGCUGCAGCAGCUGGUAAUAAUCCUGAUAAUUGUGCUCUCCUUGCGGCUCUGGCCAGUUUGGGGUCGAUGGCAAACAACUCCAAUCAGCAAGGCAUGAACUCCGGGGGCAAUAACAAUCAAGGUGGCAUGGGGAACUUUGGCCAGAUGGGGGCAAAUAACGGAAACUCUGGUGAGUCGCUUCGGGGAAAUCAGUUUGGCAACAUGGGCAACAACUCCGGAGGAAUGGGCGGCAUGGGUGGUAACAACAUGGGAGGCAACAACAUGAACGGCUUUGGCACCAACAAUUCCAACAACAUGGAUGCCCUGAGUCAGGCAUACUCCGGCAUUCAGCAGUAUGCAGCUUCCUUCCCCAAUGCCUUCAACACACAGGCAGCAGCUCAAAUGCAAGCCAAUAAUGCUAACGUAGGCGGAAAACAGACAGAGGGUCCAGAUGGAGCCAAUCUUUUCAUCUAUCACUUGCCUCAGGAAUUCGGAGAUGGAGAUCUUAUGCAGAUGUUCAUGCCCUUUGGCACAAUUGUCUCUGCAAAAGUUUUUAUUGAUAAACAAACUAACCUGAGCAAAUGCUUUGGAUUUGUGAGCUAUGAUAAUCCAGUCGCUGCUCAGGGAGCCAUCCAGUCCAUGAACGGCUUCCAGAUUGGCAUGAAGCGACUCAAGGUGCAGCUCAAGCGCCCCAAGAAUGACAGCAAACCGUACUAAGCAGGCACAUUUGUCUUUUGGGCUGGGAACAGUGAAAGGGAAAGAGGCCACGUAGGCGUCUGGCGUGACAUGGCGUGUGUUCCUGUGUCCCUGUGGCGUCGUCGUGCGUCCGUGAUGCGUCCCCAUCGUACGUUUGUUUUUCUUCUUCACUGUCCAUGUGUCGAGCAAGCAGUACCCAUAAUUUGGUCGGUUCCCUUGUCAUCAGCGUUUAUUUGGGGUUACAUUUUAUGUGUUUUUUUGCUGUUUGUCAUUUCUCCUGUAGUUAUUUAGUGUAUCCCAUGUACUGGGGGUGCCUUUUGUGCUUUUAGUUCUGUGAGCUUUGUGGUUGAUAUACUUAUGUAGACACACAAAAUUGUUUGAGUUCAUUGGAUAUGGUACUUGAAACCUAUCUCCGUUUUUUAUUUUACUUCAGAAAAUUUCUGUCAAGCCUUCUAUUUUGGGGGAAACUUUUGGUGAAUACCAUAUGCAUCGUUUCUAAGAAUUUAAAAGAAAAAAAUGUACAUAUUGGGUUACUUUUUUUUCCUUUAUUAUUAUUUUGAUUUCCAAACAGAAUUCUGUAUAUAUGCUUUUGGUUUUUUUACUGUUUAAAAUCAUAGGUGCCGCCACAGAUUUUUUUCAUUACUGGUAGUUUUUUUCCCCCAUGCAGUUUUGGGACAUCUAAUUUUAACUAUAAAGUUUUUCUUUUGGUUUAAUAUUCAUCAAAAGGACAGAAGAUAUAUUUAAAGGCAUUGGUACCCCAGAUGUUUUUUUUUUCACCUUUAGUCGCAUUGACUACUAGUUUGUCCCUUUAUAUCUUUCAAAUAUGUAUAUUACAUGUUAUCUUUUUUUUAAUUUCCUACUCCUUUUCAUCCCUCUAGUAAAUGAAAUUGUAAUUAUGUAUCACAAAAGUUAAUUGUUUGCUGUGCUUAUGAUCAUCUUGCUGUUAUUCAUAUCUCUGAUGGGCGGUACUGAGAAAGGCCUUCUUGUGAAAAAAAUGGCUUUAUUAAAAAAAAAAAAUUCUUAAUUCGGAAAGUUAGACUCUAAUGCUUUGAAUGUUAAAUAUUAAGGCGAGUCCAGGGCAAGACAGAGGUAAGGCAAGUUAGACUUCACAGCGUAAUUUGCAUAUUAUAUUUCUUCUCUAUAAGUUAUUCAGACCAUUGCGUUGAAUGAACUUGGAGGUGAUUAUGGCAGAUUGGUGUCAGACAAGGUCCUCCUAAAGAAAAACAUGUUCAUUAAGCACAUAACUUGGAUUUUAUUUUUCCUCCGUCUUCGUCUUUUUCUAUCAAAAUUUGACAAAAGAAUAGUUCCAUUUUCUUAGCAGGUUCUCUCGUUCAUGUUAAAAUCAGAAUGUUGACAAUCAUUUGCCUACUUGGGAACGAAAGAGUUGUUUUGCCAUCGCUAGUCAAGAGAAAAAGAUUCUGAAGAAAGAAUUAUGUUGACCAAUUUUAUUUUUCUUACUCUGUGUGACAUCCUUUGGCGGGCUUUGUUUUUGUUUGUGGCAAAUACAUGUCAAAUGUGUCGUUGAAGACGGUGUUGAACAUGUCUCAGAAGUCUAUUCAGUGUUUUGGGUUUUGAAGCUGUAUCUUGUAUGUCGACGGUGUUAGCAUCACAUAGAGACGUGUGUGUAACUUAAAAUCAAAUAAUCUCAAGAUCCGUCUGUAUUUACGUCUGUAGUGCACUUGCAUUUUUUUGUCUAACCCUGCCUCCAUACGAAGUGAAUUUUAUCUGAAAGGACACAUCUCAGGUAUUUUGUUAGUGUUGAAUGUCAUCUCACGAGGAUGUAGAUGCUCAUGUUUGUAGGUAUCUUGUAACAGUUCUUUUGUCAGCUCACUCAAGGCCGAGGAGGCCAGUGUUUUUUUAUUUUUCAAUGUCGUGUUUCCGCUCUGAUGUGUGUGGUGUCAAGUCAGAGAAGGAAACCCCCCCACCUCCCCACAGUCAUCUACAGGUUUCGAUCAACUGAACACUAUGUUCAUGAUCUGCAUACUUAACCAUGAAUGAAGGGUGAUGAGAUCGAAAUAGGUAGUAUUACAGGUAAAAUGCCACAGGUGCAUCACAUAACAUGUAUUCAAGCUUGACGAUUAAUCUAGAUUAGAUGGGAAACUUGUGAACACUUCCUUCAACCAUCAUUCAUAAUCAGAUCAGACUUUCUUUUUCCUUCUCUAGCAGCUUUGUAAGUUGCACAUUUGUCAGUUUAUCUUUUGUCAUUAAGGGUUUGUAUUGUAUCUUUGUGUUUUUUGUUUUUGAUUUUUUUUUGGUUUCGUACCUUUGUGUUAAGAAACAAAAUGUUGUUAAAUAAGUAAAAAAAAAAAUAAUAAAAAAGGAAAAAAGAAUUUUAAAAACAUUGAAUCUA